GUGACAUUAAAGUCAUUCACAAUUCUAAAUUUUUUUAAAAAGAAUUUUAUUUCAACUCUUUCUGCGUGUUAUGAAGUAUGGUUCUCUGCGCCGAGUGUAAAAGAAAGAACGUAUAUAUUGAUAACUCUGGACAGCCUGCCGAGUUUUGUUCUAAUCAAUGUCGAAAGACUGCAGUAGAACAACGUCAUGUUGCACCAUGCAUUAAAUGUCGGAUUUGGCCCAUGGUAAGACUGCCUGACGGUACAAGAUCUCCUUAUUGUGGUAAACAGUGUCAGAAUUCAGCAGGUGCAAACUCACCUGUCAGUUCUCCUAUAUCACCACAACCAUAUCAUCCUGGCAGUUAUCCGACGAUGACGUCUCCACAAUCAAAUCCUAAUCCACCUAUUGGAAUUUCUCCACAUCAACAACUCUUACCAGGCGGAAGCGUAAAACCAGGUUCAUGGGUUAUGACUACAAUUCCAUUUUGUCGCUAUUGUCAGUCAAAACCUUGUUGGAAUGAUCCUGCUAAACAAUUAUAUUCAGCAUACUGUUCACGAAGGUGUAGAGAAGCUGCAGAAAGAGCUCCUCGAGCUGUUUCAAAUCUUAAUGCGCUACCACCGCAACAAAAUUACUGUGGACAACCAACAUCGCCACCGUUAAAUGAUUCCCCAAUUUCUUCAUUACCACAGACAAACGGUUUAUUACCCUCCCAAUGUCCAAUAUACCAUCAACCACAACGACCGCCAAUUCCGCAACGAAAUACAUCAAGUAAUACACGUUACUCACCACCUAAUGAAAGUUCUUUGCAGAACAGACAUCCAAAAGCUAAUGAUAAUUCUCAAAAAGAAGAUGAUUCACAACAGCAACAAGCAAGCGAUAUUUCUUUGAAUCCAAAAUCAAGUCUUCAUUUUCGUUAUCCUGAUACAGAAACUCCAAUAUCACAUCCAAAUCCUCAAUCUUCAGAUAGUCAAGCACCACCACCUAUUCCAACCAACAAACCAACUCAAAUUCGUUCCCAACAAAUUAAUCCGAUGCCAAUCAACACUUCUCAACCUGUACAAUCAUCCUCAUCAUCUCAGCAGUCCAUAGAAAUUCCUGGUUCAUCUCAAGCGCAAGCUCAAGAGCAAAAUCAAUCUCAUUCCCCGGUAUCCUCCCAGCCUCAAGUGCCGAAUAAUUCUCGACCUCAAUCACAACCAGAUGAAUUACAUCCUGAAAUUAAUGAAAAUACAUAUAUGAUUACACCUUACGUUUUUAAUCCUGAAGGUAAUAAUGAUGAACCGCCGCCAUAUACACCGAAUGAAGCGUUUACAGGCAAUAUAGCUCCAGGUGAAGAUAUAUCGAUUCGUAAAAUUACUAGGGAUGAUUCUUUUGAUGAUGAAAAUCCUUAUGGGUUUAGAGGUGUAAAUAAUAAUAAUUCAGAGGAACAGGAACAAAAUAACAAUCAAUCAAAUAAUAACCAGGAGCAGCGAACCCAGCGCAUCCGUUGGCCGCGGCGAUAGUUAGAGUUUUAUUUAUUUUUCCAUGAUUACAAAAAAUAAAAAAAAAGUAAAAUAAAAAUUUUAUUCCG